AUGGCUCCAGUGCCAGCUCUCUUAUGGCGUUCUUUACGCACGCACCAAGUUUAUGGUGCGAACACAGACGUUGGAAAGACUAUCUUUAGCACUAUUCUGUGCAAUUCUGCAUCCAAGAAAGGAGAUAAGACGUGGUUUUUGAAACCUGUUUCUACGGGUGCUGCUGAUGAAGCUGAUGGAUGGUGUAAGUUUGCAAUUAAUUCUUCUAACAGGAGUAGUCAUAUCCAGAAAUUUGCUCCAUCGACAAACCACGAGACAUUGUUCCAAUAUGACAUUCCCUGCAGUCCUCACAUCGCUGCCAAAGUGUCAGGCAAGCCAAUUCCGUCCGAUGAUGCCGUCCUGGCAAAGAUUCACGACUCUGUCUCUCGGUACGCGUCCGAAGGUCCAGGGUGGUUGUUUUUAGAAACUGCUGGAGGUGUACACUCGCCAGGACCAUCUGGAACACCACAAGCCGAUCUCUACACUCCUCUUCGCGCACCUGUUAUUCUUGUCGGUGAUUCAAAGCUGGGUGGUAUAUCACAGACCAUCUCUGCGUAUGAAUCACUGAGAAUGAGGGGUCAUGAUGUUGAAUCGAUUCUCUUGUUUCAAGACAUGAAAUAUGGGAAUUAUCAGUAUCUCAAGGACUAUUUCUCAAAACAAGGCGGUAUUCCGGUCGAUACAGUUCCUGAACCGCCUUCUCGAUUACCGAAUAUCCAACAAGAUACAGAGCAGAUGAAAGAAUAUUACGCCUCUCAGACCAAAAACGUUGCACAUGUCCUCGAACAUCUCGACAAACGCGGUAAACAGCGCAGAUCUCGGCUUGAAUCGCUCAGUGAAAAAGCGAGUAAAAGUAUCUGGUACCCGUUCACCCAGCAAAAGCUUGUGACAGCAGAUACAAUCUCUGCUAUCGAUUCAGCACAUGGCGAUUAUUUCCAAGUUCUCAACAAAAAGUCAGAAAAUCUUCUUCAACCUGCUUUCGACGGGUCAGCAUCUUGGUGGUCUCAGGGUUUAGGACACGCAAACUCUCGGUUGACCCUUGCAGCAGCAUAUGCAGCUGGUAGAUAUGGGCACGUCAUGUUUGCCGAGGCUAUUCACGAGCCUGCACUUGCACUAGCCGAGAUGAUGCUACAGGGCUCUCAAAACUCACGCUUCACAAGGGUGUUCUAUUCUGAUAAUGGAAGUACCGGCUGUGAAGUGGCUGUUAAGAUGGCCCUUCGAGCAGCAAGACUUCGUUACGGCUGGGGUCCCAAUGAUAACCUUCAAAUUCUAGGGCUCAAAGGGAGUUAUCACGGUGACACCAUUGGUGCAAUGGACUGCGCUGAACCGUGUGUUUACAAUGAAAAGAUUGAAUGGUACGAAGGGAAAGGAUAUUGGUUUGACUAUCCCACAAUUCAAUGCGUUGAAGGAAACUGGGUUGUUAGUGCUCCGAAAGAAAUCGGGCAAGACCAAAAAUUGGAGUCCAUCUCGGAGGUUUUUAACCUUGAAUCCCGACUCAAAUCCGAGCAGUACCGAAAGUAUGAGGAAUACAUCGAAAAGACUCUCAAGAAACUCCAAGAUCAAGGGAGAAAAUUCGGAGCCUUGAUGAUGGAACCAAUUAUUCUUGGUGCUGGGGGUAUGAUAUUCGUGGACCCCCUCUUUCAGAGAGCUUUAGUGGAUGUUGUUAGGCGUUCCCCUCACUUAUUCGGCACUGGAAACGACCCAGUCCAAGAUCCACAGUGGUCUGGACUCCCUGUAAUUUUCGAUGAAGUCUUUACCGGCUUGUACCGAUUGGGUCGGUUUACAGCGGCAUCAUUUCUCGGCGUUGAACCCGAUAUUUCGGUCAACGCCAAACUUCUCACUGGAGGUUUAGUUCCUCUCUGUACGACAAUGGCAUCGGAGUCUAUCUUUGACGCAUUCAAGAGCGACGACAAAAGUGAUGCUUUGCUUCAUGGGCACAGUUAUACUGCCCACGCUGUUGGAUGUCAAGUCGCUGUUGAGUCGGUAUCUGAGAUGCAGACAAUGGAGAAGAAUGGUGAGUGGAAGUGGGCAGAGAAAGAUUGGGCUGAAGAAGAAACUCAAGCUUGGAGUGUCUGGUCUAAGGACUUUGUGACGGAUAUCUCACGUAACCCUCAAGUACUUGGUGUUUGGGCUUUGGGAAGUGUUCUUGCCAUUAGUCUUCGCGAUGACGAUGGUGUAGGGUACAAGAGUCUUGCCGCCAAGAAGAUUCAGAGCCAUUUGAGACAAGGAACUGGAGCCUGGAAUGCUCAUAGUAGAGUUUUGGGCAAUGUGUUUUAUGUCAUGGCGAGUCAAAAGACGAGUCGACAGAGUAUUGCUGAGUUGCAGGGUUUAUUAUUGGAUGCUUUGAGUAAAUAG